CACGCCACGCCCACAAGCGCGCGCUCGACAGCGGCUCGGGGAAACGAAGGGAACUUUUCAACCGUCGUUUUUAAAAAUCAUGACAGAAAUAAACAGGACAAAGAAAACGACACGGUCCGUGAUUUCCUCAGGCAGCUGUUCGGCGAGAAUAUGACACCACGGUCAGACAGGCAGCUGUUGAGGUGAGGCAGGAUCAUGGAGGCAGGCAGCGGUAUUGCUGCAGCACCGCACAGCGCUGCUCCCACUCCUCCAGGAGACAUGGCAAUUUCUGAUCCCUUCCACUGCCCCCACUCAUCAGGACAGGAGAAGGAUGAGCAGGAUGAAAGGAGGCCGAAGACAGCAGAGAGAGCAGGCUGGGAGGACGCCAUCGCGCUUAUGGCAAGGAGCGUGACUGUGCUUCCAGAGCUGUCUGCUGACUCGUCUCUCCGCUCAUGCACCAGCACAGCCAGCAUGAAGGUCAAGAACGUGAAAAAGCUGCCCCUCAGCAAAGUCCAUUUCCCCCGCCUGGCAGAGUGUGCCCACUUCCACUAUGAGAAUGUCGACUUUGGCUCUGUGCAGCUAAUAUUGACCUGUGAUGAGAACGAUCUGACACGCAGCGGCCUGAACUCCAGAGAACUGGUGUAUCUUGUGCAGAUCUGUUGCCAGGGGAAGAAGUGGAUUGUGAGACGGUCAUAUGAAGACUUUCGUGUGCUCGACAAGCACCUCCAUCUCUGUAUAUAUGACAGAAGGUUUUCCCGGCUCACUGAGCUUCCUCGAUUUGAGAACCUGAAAGUCAAAACAGAGCCACUUUCACAGAUGCUUACUGCCUACCUUUCUCGCCUCUCGACCAUCGCUGACAACAAGAUAAACUGUGGACCUGCUCUGACAUGGAUGGAGAUUGAUAAUAAAGGAAACCGCCUGCUGGUGCAUGAUGAGUCCUCCAUUAACGUUCCAGCUGUUGCUGCUGCGCACGUCAUAAAGCGCUAUAUUGCACAAGCUGCCGACGAACUUUCUUUUGAGGUGGGAGACAUUGUUUCAGUCAUUGACAUGCCUCCAAAGGAAGACACUGGAUGGUGGAGAGGAAAACAUGGCUUUAAGGUGGGAUUUUUCCCCUGCGAGUGUGUGGAACUGAUCAGUGAGAAAAUUCCUCCGAAUGUGACUGGUUCACUGCCAAAACCAGUGUCUAAUAAGCAUGGGAAGUUGAUCACAUUCCUGCGCACUUUCAUGAAGUCGAGGCCUACCAAACAGAAGCUGAAGCAGAGAGGCAUCCUGAGGGAGAGGGUGUUUGGAUGUGACCUUGGAGAACACCUCCUCAAUUCAAGUCAUGAUGUCCCUCAGGUCAUCAAGAGCUGCACUGAGUUUAUUGAAAAGCACGGGGUUGUGGACGGCAUUUACCGCUUGUCUGGGAUUUCCUCAAACAUUCAGAAACUGCGGCACGAGUUUGACUCGGAACACAUUCCAGACCUCACUAAGGACAUGUAUGUCCAGGACAUCCAUUCUGUAGGGUCCCUGUGCAAGCUCUAUUUCCGGGAGCUUCCGAACCCCCUGCUCACCUAUCAGCUCUAUGACAAAUUCUCAGAAGCGGUAUCAGGAGCUACAGACGAUGAAAGGCUAGUCAAAGUCCAUGACGUCAUUCAGCAGUUGCCACCACCACACUACAGAACCCUCGAGUUUCUUAUGAGGCACUUGGCUCGCAUGGCGACCUUUAGUUAUGUCACCAACAUGCACUGCAAGAACCUGGCCAUCGUCUGGGCUCCCAAUCUCCUCAGGUCAAAACAAAUAGAGUCAGCCUGUUUCAGUGGCACGUCCGCUUUCAUGGAGGUGCGCAUCCAGUCAGUGGUAGUGGAGUUCAUCCUCAAUCACGUUGACGUCCUCUUUAGCCCCAAACUCAGCACUCUGAUCCGUGAAAGCACAGGUCAUGCCACUUUGUCCAGGCCCAAGUCUCUGCUUGUGUGCUCUCCAUCCACUAAGUUGCUGUCUCUGGAAGAGGCACAAGCUCGCACUCAGGCCCAGCUCGCCUCUCCUGUUUCCCCCGAAAGCAAGUACAUUGAGGUGGGAGAGGGUCCUGCUGCUCUGCAGGGAAAAUUCCACACUGUCAUCGAGUUUCCCAUGGAAAGAAAGAAGGCCCAGACAAAGGUAAAGAAAUCUCCUGUGGCAGGCUGGCGUUCAUUUUUCAAUAUGGGAAAAUCCUCUACCACAGCUAAGCGCAAGCUCCACCGUCAUCCCAGCGAGCCCAAUAACAUGAAGACCUCACAGGCAUUUCCAGGUGGUAUAGGAGAUACCGGAACACUACGAUCAUCUAAAAGCGAGGAAUCUCUGUCGUCAAAUAAUCUUGAGGGUGGAUCAGUGAUGUAUCAAGCACGCAGGCCCCGCUCUACUAGUGUUGCCCUGUCUGCUUCCUUCAACGAAGAACUGCUAAACAAUCGAGACCACCGAGGCUCUCAGUUAAGCUAUAAAGACCGGAAAGACACAGCUUUGUCCACCACUUGUGUUCCUGCACUCAUAUCACCCCCACACUAUAGUGAGGCAGAUAUUGGCAAGGCUUCUCCAGACUACGGUUCCAUAUUGUUUCAGUGCAGUACAACACCAACUGAAGCUUCUGUUUCUGAAGAAAGAAAAAGAGGCAGCAGACGGAAGACUGGAGGCAAUUCCGGUGAAUCAGAAACCUUGAAAAAAGCAACUUCUACAAGACCUUCUGAUGCAAUCUCAAACGUUUCAGAGGACACAAAUCAUAAACACUCAGUGCCAGUGAAAUUUGCAACGACUAUUAUAGCUAAGGAAGUUCUGAAGUCCACUCAGACUUCUCCUGUGGGUCUCACCCACAAACCUGAGGUUGGUUUAGAGAUGAAAACUCCCACUGAAGUGAUAUCACCCCUGGCCAAGAGUAGUGAGGCAACGUGUGGACAAGAUUGUCAAAACAAGCCUUCCUCAUUACUUCGGACAGAGGCUGAUAGUCUUGAUAAAACUGUGCCAGUGAAACCAACAGAAUCGGGUGCCGUGACCUUUGACUGCACUCCAGGGCUUGUAAGAUCAGUGUCUCUUAUAACCUCCCAGCCUGCUGUAAAGAGUGCUGCUCGUAUGCUGGCUCUGGCCUUGGCAGAAUCAGCGCAACAGGCCACCUGUCUAAGGAAACGAGGGAGUUCAGAGCCACCAACUCCUGUUUCUCCAAGUCACCUCCAGGACCCACUAUCUAUACUGCAGUGGCCUUCCAAACCUUCCCAACACCCCCAGUCAUCAUCUACCAACAGAGGGCAUUGCUGCAACACCUGCAAAACUGAUGGUAAACCUUCAAGUAUGAUCUCUACAGGAAGUUACACAGAUGCUGGCAGCCUGCAGAGCACCUGUGCAUGUCAUGGCAGUGAGAGCGGACUUAGCUACUCUGAUGGAGGUGAGGUUUCUGCAGAAUGUCUUGAAACACAUUUCGCUCCCCAGGACUUACCUGCUGGUCAAAGUUUAAAUACUGAGCCGAAUGCUAAAAUUAACGUGCCCAUGAAAGAAAAUGUCCGGCAUGUUGGAGUUGGUACAGACGGUGAUGGUGGUAGCCCAGACCAGAGCUCUGAGAUGGAGUCAUACAGGAACCUGAUGCCCUCUCCUUCACAGACAGAGAUAUCACUCCAUACCACUAACAGUCAGUCAGCCAGGACUUCUCUUCUCAACAAGCAAGCUGCCAAUGCUUCCAACUUCCGUGUGAUAUUAGCUGAAGCUUCUAUGCCAGCCUCAGUGCACGAUGUUUUUCCACAAUCUCCAGUUUCUUCUUUGACUUCUAACUACCAGUUCAGCCCCAAAGAAGAGAUGUUAAGGCCAUCAAGUCAAACUUACUGGUCAGGUCCUUUUGGACAGACCAGUUCUUUUCAGCCUGAUUACAUGCAAUACCAAGCUAAGAUCUUCUCUAAGGACCACUACAACACCCUGGCACCAAGGUCCCUCCAUCAGUCCAUUAAAUACAAGAGUCAGCACAGGAAUGAACAUGCCCCAAGCUUCCUUUACAGACAUAGUGGCCCAAGAUACCCUCCAAUGGAUGGUGCAUCUGUGUAUCCCACGAUCCGUAGGGUGCGCUCCAUGCAUGCACCACCAGAGGACACAUUCUUCUUCUCACAUCCAUCCUACCAGAACAGUACUUACCACAGACAAGUUCUCUCAGACAUCCACCAAAUGAGGCCUUAUUUUGAGGAUGGUAAAGUUCACUAUAGGUACAAGCCGUAUUCAGGAACGCAGCAUAACAUCCUGGAUCAGUAUCGAGGAAGCAGUCAUGGUUAUGGCCAUUCCUACACCUUCCACAGGCGUCCUACCUAUCAUGGUAGAGUGAUGAGCAAAGCUGAGAACUAUCACAACCCCCCCAUCAACAUGCCCUAUAGCAGAGAACCUAGUUUUAUAAAACAAGGCACUGGCCAUUUUCCAAGAACAAGAAAUGUUGGUCUAUACGAAGGUUUUGAUCCAGGACUAUCAGAUAAACAUUUCAGUCCACCUAUUAGGCAAGGAAAUAUAGAGAAGAGAGUGCAAGAUGUUGUUCCCCAGCCCCAUGCUCAGAAUGAGAGCCAGAGGGGCCAAGACACAAUGCAUACCAGGAGUAAAUCUGAUUCAGCCAAAGAUCUCCUUAUUUCUACUGAAGGGGCUGAUGGGAAAUACAGGGUUACCAUGGUGUCCCAUUACUCCCCUGAACACCCACUCUCUGAACCUAAUGUUCCUCUUCCCACCCAGACAGAGAAACAAAGGAUCGGGCAUGGUGCCAAACCUGCCCCGACGCUAAAGCAAAGUCGAUCUAUGCAGAACUACGCACAGCACACGCUAGAGGCCUUGCCACAACAGCGUAAGCUAACUCUGCAUAAAGAAUACAGCUGCCCUGAUUUCAAACACCCCGAUUCAUCUGAACACGGCAGUGCCCGACUUCACGGCCAUGAUAAGAUGAUCAGGAUUCAAAGCAGCCAUCCUAAAGAGGACUUUCAAUACGCUUGGGUUAAGGGAUGUGAUUUGCAAAGAUCAGCAAGGUCACAGAGCAUGAAAAAUCAUCGACAACCCAGACAUGCCAAAAUGACUGUGGAGCCCGAUAAUAGAUUUUCAUAUCCUGUUCAGAGCAGGCCACGGACUCGUAGCAUGUUUGCGCCAUCUCGUGCUGAUUACAUGGACAGGUACGUGUCUCUGCAGCCCAAGGUACACGGAAUUUUCCCAAACUAUGGCUGCAUGCCUCCUCAUGGUAACAGACUGUACUCUACAGCUAUGGGGACAGGACGCUUUCUUCACUCUGACAUUAGGCCUGAGACUGAAAUAUAUGCCGAAUGAUAGCUACUUAUGGACGUAUAUGGGAAAAAAGAAAAGUUAUUUUAUUGUUAAGAGUAUUAUAUCAAAGAAACAGAAGCAUUACAUGUAUUUUAGUACGGUAUGAAAUUUUACUUGUACCUCAUCCCAUAUUAAUACAUUCUAUAAUUCCAUUAAUCAUAGACCUUGGUGACAUCACAUUAUUUCAGAGUCACUUAGCUUUUUACUAAUUAUGAAAAAAGUAUAUAAAUUGUAAAUAUUUCAAGUCAUUUUGUUCAGUAAGUCAAUCUUAAGAUGUUACUAAUUUCAUAACUAUGAAAUAAAUCUUCUGAACUAAAUUUUAUCAUGACAUUUAAACGUAUACAGUACUUAGUCUGACACGGUAAACUGAUGCAACUGGUAUUUCUUAUUUCUCCAGAACCAAAUGUCAUCCAAGGUAUAGUUUUGAUGUAAUUUUUUUAAGUCUUUUUUUGUGCCUUUUUAUAUAGUGACUCCAAAAUCUAUGAUGACUGCUGUCAGCACAUUUUCUGCUCAUUUAAAGUGGGCUUACAGUUUAUUGAUGUAGAUACUGUAAUAUCCAAAAUCAUGUGGUAAUUGUUAAUGUGGUCAUUUGCAAUGGGACCAAGUGUAUGAAUAUUGGGAGUUUUGAAUAUGAGUCACAAAAAAGUGUCAAUUACGUCACAUUUAAGGUCAUGGUGAGUUCAAGUACGAUGAUGACUAGUGAGAGAGAUUGAAAUUCUUUAAAAUACAGUGUAAACAAAUGAAUUAGUGAGUAACCGUGUUAAUAACUUUUCAAAGACUCAUUGAAAUGCAUUGAAUAUUUCAGAUAUCUCAGUACAACUUUUUUAUUGUGCUAAUACGGCCAUUUAAAAAAAAACUGUCUCAUUAUUUUUCUUAAAGCAUCUAUUUUAACUUCCUCAUUAUUAAGACAUAGUUAAAGAGUACACAUUAUCUUCAGGCAAUACUUACCUUUCGGGCUGCAUUCACAAUUGCUGUCCUUUAAAUGACUUUUAGGUAAAUCAUUGUGCGGGGAAAAUGAUUAAAAUGCAUUAACACUGUCAUGUAUUUUCCAAACUUGUAGUAUACACUCUCCUAAAUUGAAAAUCCAUUCAGGAAAACACAUAAAGUGGACAUUUUUUCGCAUCUGAAAGACAGUCUAACAUAUCUUUUACAUUUUCAGUCACUUUUUUGUUGUUUGAUGUAAAAAAAAAAAAAGGUUAUGUUUUUAAAACACAAAUAUGUUGGGCCUGUAUGCAUCACAUACAUCACGUAUUCAUUACACUUGAACAACUUUACUUACUGUACACAUUUUAGUUUGUUCCUUGAGACUGUCUUUCUUUAAGUAUGGAGCUCAGAGCAUCCAAAUAUAUAUAUACUGUACCAAACCUUGAGCCAAAUUGUGCACGCCAUAUUUCUCGAGUCCUUCUUUGCAUCUUUAGUUUGGUGGCUUGUUUUUCCAUCAGGUUCACAUCAAAUGUGUCCAAUUUGUGUCCAAGUUUAGCUUUAACACGUCUCAAACGAAGCAGAGGUUGCCGUUUCAGCUGUAAUGUAUAUAAAUCUUGUGGUGACGAAUUUCUUUUCCAGCUGUUUAUUGCUUAAUUCUACUAGGUAGUAAUAGACAAGCACUUUACGAUUAGACCCAGUCUGUGACACAACCAGACACUUUAUGAUAAUGAAUUUAUUGAUAAUAAUAACGUUAUAGCUUCAGUAUGCAAUGUAGAGUUGAGAAUAAGGAUUGAGGAUAGUGAGAGGGAUCCUGGAAAAGGGUCAUGAAAUCGAAUUGACCAUUAAAUGGUUAUUAAUGGGAAUAUAAUGUAAAUUCAUAUUCUAUUUAUUUUAAACAAAUACAGUCGUUCUUGUGUAGUUGGACAUAUGUGUAAUGUUCGUUAUUCUAAUCGUUUUUAUGUUGUACUUUUACUUUUUAUUAAAGUUGUCUAUUCAAAA